AUGGCUACCCCUAGUGUCCUCGCUUUCGACGCUGAGGGUCGGGCCAUUGACUUUGACGUCUGGGUAGAUGACCUGCAGCUUUUCCUACAGUGCGAUAGGGCAGACGGUCUCUCCCUCUUUGACCUCAACUCCGGUGACUCUCCUGCCCCUACUGCUGAUGCCGACGCCACUUACAAGAGUGUUCAGACCUUGUACGACGCUGUAGUUGUGCGCUACUCCUCCCCUGCCACUGCUGCACUGAGCCGCCUCAUGCCACCGUACCUCUUCCCUGACCUUGCUGCCUUUCCCACAGUCGCUGACCUCUUUACGCACCUCCGCACUAGUGACACUCGCUACCGCGCUGCGCUUCCUGCUGAGUUCUGCGCCAAGAACCCCCCCCCCAUGUACAUCACUCUCUACUACAUAGUCACCCGGCUCCCUGACUCCCUUUGCGUAGUCAGGGACCACUUCCUCUUAGUUUGCCCCACCACUCUCACCGUUGACCUCCUCGAGAAGGCCCUCCUAGCAGCAGAGAAGAGCAUCGUCGCUGUAGGAGCCUCUCGUGGUGACCCUCGCACCCCCGUCUUUGAGGGGUGUUCCCCCUCCCCCCUUCUACCCUCUGUUGCCUCUGCUGCUGCGGCCGACCUCGUUGGUUUCGAGUCGGUGGGCGCUGCGUCUGCCCCGAGCGGGAAACGCCGCACCGGCAAGGGCAAGGGGGGCAAGGGUGCUGGAAGGGCUGGCGGGGGUGGCGGAGGUGGCGGUGGAGGCAGUGGAGGGGGUGGGGGUGGUGGUGGGAAUGGUGGCGGGGGUGGAGGUGUCGGUGGCGGCAGUGGAGGCGGAGGCGGCGGCGGCGAUGGCGGUGGGAGCGGAGGUGGCGGAGGUGGCGGCGGUGGAGGAGGCGGCGGCGGAGGAGGUGGAGCUGGUUGGGGUGGCGCUGCGCAGAGGGUCGGCUCCGGUGGUGGUCAGCGCCAGCAGCAGCAGCAGCAGCAGCGCACUCAAGACAUCCCCCCCCCUCAGCAGCUCCGUGGGUGGUACGCUGCACGCCAGCGGGGUGGGGGUACUGGUCCGUGCACCUACGUCCUAUGCACCGGCGACCGUGCGGGUGAGCAGUGCGGGGGUGCGCACUCCACCCAGCGCUGCUUUGGCCGCCUGACGGACGCUUGGCGUCACCAGUUCAACGAGGCCACUGAGAUACCCCGCUGGGGCGAGCUGUCUAGGGCGGGAGUAGCUGUCUUUGACCUUGACUUUGAUGCUAUUCUUGCUGCCAUGUAUGCUGUGACUAUUAGUGAUGAGGGUGACUGUUACCGGUGUUUUCCGCCCGACCCGGGCAUUCCAACUGCUGCUCUAGGUACUGGUGAGGCUGCUGCUCUAGGUGCUAGCGAGGCUGCUGCUCUAGGUGCUCGUGCGUCUGCUCCCUCAGGUGCUGUUGAGUCUGCUCUCUCAGGUACUGCGUCGGCUUCGGCCUCCCACACCUUCACCCUUGACUCGGGGGCUUCUCGCUCCUUCUUUCGAGACUGCACCACACUCAUGCCGCUUGGCCGGCCAGUUGCAGUAUCUCUGGCAGACCCCUCUGGGGGUCCUGUCCUUGCUCACUUCUCCACUGUCCUCCCAUGUCCGGCAGCCCCCUCUGGCACCCUGUCUGGUCUUUACCUCCCCUCGUUCUCUACGAACUUGGUGAGUGGUGCUGACCUACAGGAUGCGGGGGUUCACCAGUUCACUCCUGCGAGUCAGCGGGUGACCCACUACAUGGACACUCGGACAGGCCAACACCUGGCCACGUUUACACGUCGGCCGGGGUCGAGCCUGUACACACUGACCACUGCGUCUCCUCCAGUCACUGCGUCUGGUCAGGUAGCUGCGUCGGGUCAGGUGUUUGCUGCAGCGUCUAGGUCUGGUCCUGAGUCUGCCCCCUGCUCGUGUCGCCUCGUGUCUCACCAGACUCUCCUCUGGCACCACCGCCUUGGUCACCCCUCCCUGCUUCGUCUCCGAGGCAUGGCCUCCCGUGUCCUUGUCUCUGGUCUUCCCCGGUCCCUCCCUCCCCUUCCUCCGGGGCCUGGCCCUACCUGCGUCCCCUGUGUCGAGGGGCGCCAGCGGGCUGCCCCUUACUCCUCCGAGUUUCCUCCGACAGAGGCCCCGCUGCAGACGCUUCACAUGGACGUGUGGGGCCCGGCCCGCGUCCGUGGACAGGGUCACGAGCGCUACUUCCUGCUAGUGGUUGACGACUACUCGCGUUACACCACAGUCUUCCCCUUGCGCAGCAAGGGUGAUGUCACUGCGGUGUUGAUCGACUGGAUCCGCGUAGCUCGUCUCCAGCUCAGGCAGAGCUUCGGCUCGGACUUUCCUGUUCUGCGUCUGCACUCUGACAGAGGCGGGGAGUUCUCCUCUGGCCUUCUGCGAGCCUACUGUCGUGCACGAGGCAUCCGCCUGACCUUCACGCUUCCGGACUCCCCACAGCAAAAUGGGAUUGCUGAGAGCCGCAUUGGCAUGGUCAUGGAUGUCGCUCAUACGUCCAUGAUGCAUGCGGCUGCCCCCCAUUUUCUGUGGCCGUUUGCGGUUCGGUACGCGGCGCAUCAGAUCAACCUUCACCCCAGGGUCUCCAUGCCGGAGACCUCCCCAGAUUUGCUGUGGACGGGGAAGGUUGGCGAUGCGUCAGCGUUCCGUGUCUGGGGAUCUCGGGCGUUUGUUCGCGACUUGUCUGCGGACAAGCUGUCCCCUCGUGCUGCUCCUUGCGUCUUCCUUGGCUUCCCCCCUGACACGCCAGGGUGGCAGUUCUACCACCCCACCUCUCGCCGUGUUCUGUCCUCCCAGGACGUCACGUUUGACGAGUCGGUCCCCUACUACCGCCUCUUCCCCUACCGCACUCCGUCCCUCCCCCCGCCACCGCUCUUCCUUGUGCCAGGUCCCCCCCCGGUAGACCCCCUCCCCCCUCAGGGUCAUGCCCCUUCAGGUGUGUCCCAGGUAGACGCAGUCGAGCAUGUCAAGGUUACUGGUGACUGUGGUGCUGCUGAGGGUGCUGGGCCUGGGGGUGCUGACUCUGGGGGUGCUGAGCGUGUGGGUACUACGCCUGGGGGUGCAGAGCCUGAGGGUGCUACUACUGAGGGUGCUGAGCCUGGGGGUGCUGAGCCUGGGGGUGCUACCACUGAGGGUGCUGAGACUGGGGGUGCUGAGCCUGGGGGUGCUACGCCUAGAGGUGCUGAGCCUGGGGGUGCGGAGCCUGAUGGAGCUUGGCCUGCUCGUGUGGCGUCUGGCGGUGCUGGGCCUGGAGGUUCUCCGGGUGCUUUGUCUCGGCGGGAGCCACUCUCUCCACAGGAGCUGCGCGAGUGGUUUGCCCGGCGCUGGAGGCGUGCUGCUGGAGCUGGAGGUUCUUCGGCUGCUGAGGGUGCUGGUGCCGCGGGUCGCGGAGGUGCUCGUACUGGGAGUACUGGAGUAGCUGGGCGUGCGGGUACGACUGGAGCUGGAGCUGCUGAGGGUGUUGGCGCUGAGGCUGCUGCUGUCGGUCCAGGAGAAGUUCCUGCUGGGGGUGCUACUGGUGCUGCAGGAGGUACUGGAGCUGGAGGUGCUGCUGGCGCUGGUGAUGCCGCUGGGGGUACUGGUGUUGUCCCUGCUGUGUCUAGAGUCGCCGCGCGGCCUCGGCCGUACUUCGUUCCGCUCCUUCAGCAGGUUCUUGGUCUCCCGCCUUCUACUGGUCCUCCUCCUCCUUUAGAGUGUCCACAGCCUGUCCCGUCACAGUUAAAGUUACAGCCGGCCUCCCCAGUGCCUGCUCCUUCUCCCUACACUGGUCCUACUGGAGGUCUUGCUGAGCGUCGUCAGCCUGCGUCUCGCCCUGCGUCGCCUGUCGGUCCUGCUCGCACUAGUGGUCAUGGUUCGCGUCAGCGUCCUCCUCCUGUCCCUGGCACGCACAGGAUGUCUCUACGUCCGUCCACUGCUCCUCUGCGUGCCCCUUUGCCUUCUCCUCCUGAGUCCUCGCUUCCUGCUCUUGCCGACCCGGAGUCGGACUCUCUUCGUGCUGCCAGUCCUACUGUCACGCGUCUCCUUGCUUCUGUCGUCACUGCACCUUCCUUUGAGUCCACUGCUGCGUCUGCCCUAGUUGCUGAGCUCGUCGACUUCGCUGCUCGUUGUCGUCUAGACUACGCUGCUAGUCUUGUUGCUGAGUCUGAGUCUUUCUGUCCUCCGUCCGUCGGGGGUGAGUGUGCCCUUGGCAUGGACGUCCUUGAGGACAGGCAGGAGGAGUUCCGGUGUUUGGCUGCUGCUUCAUCUCAUCUCGUGUCCGUAGUGCUUACCCCUGAGGGAGACCCGGAUGCACUUGACAUCCCGACUCCGCGCUCUUACGCGGAGGCGAUAGAGGGUCCCUACUCCUCUCAGUGGCAGGCAGCUAUGGACACAGAGAUGGCUUCCUGGAAGUCCACAGGCACCUAUGUUGACGAGGUUCCCCCGCCUGGGGCGAACAUCGUCAGUGGCAUGUGGAUUUUCAGGGUGAAGCGGCCGCCGGGUUCUCCGCCUGUCUUCAAGGCGCGUUACGUGGCUCAUGGCUUCAGUCAGCGGCAGGGAGUUGACUACUUUCAGACCUUCUCUCCCACCCCAAAGAUGACCACUCUUCGGGUACUGCUGCACAUAGGUGCUCACCGCGACUACGAGCUGCACUCUCUUGACUUCAACACUACUUUCUUGCAGGGCAGCGUGCACGAGGAGAUCAGGCUGUCUCGCCCACCUGGCUUCACUGGGUCUUUUCCUCUUGGCACCCAGUGGAGCCUCCGGCGGCCAGUCUACGGUCUCCGCCAGGCACCGCGUGAGUGGCACGACACACUGAGGACUACACUUGCGGCUCUUGGGUUUGCUCCUUCUACAGCCGGCCCGUCGCUGUUUCUACGCACUGACACUUCUUUGCCGCCAUUCUACAUCCUCGUGUACGUCGACGACUUGGUCUUUGCCACAGCUGACACUGCUGGACUCGCCCACGUGAAGUCCGAGCUGCAGAAGAGACACACGUGCACAGACCUGGGUGAACUGCGCAGCUACCUUGGCUUGGAGAUCACCCGGGACAGAGCACGCCGCACCAUUACCUUGACUCAGUCACACAUGGUGCAGCAGGUCCUUCAGCGCUUAGGCUUCACGUACUCCUCGCCUCAGGCCACUCCUCUGCCUACUCGCCACUCGCUCUCAGCUCUGCCUUUGGAUGAGUCCGUAGAGUCGAGUGGCCCGUACCCAGAGCUUGUUGGCUGCCUCAUGUACCUGAUGACCUGCACACGACCUGACCUUGCAUACCCUCUUAGCAUUCUCGCACGCUAUGUUGCUCCUGGGAGACACAGACUGGAGCACAUGGCUGCAGCGAAGAGGGUGUUGCGCUACUUGUGCAGUACUUGUGAGGCUGAGAUCUACGCCGGGGCCAUGGCUGCACAGGAGCUUCGCUGGCUCACCUACCUGCUGACUGACCUCGGAGAGCCGUCUCGUUCUCCUCCAGUGCUGUACGUAGACAACAAGGCCAUGCUGGCCUUGUGUCGAGAGCAGAGACUGGAACACAGAACGAAGCACAUUGCUCUUCGCUACUUCCUUGCUCGUGAGCUACAGCAGCGUGGUCAGCUGCGCCUUGCGUACGUGGCCUGUGAGGCCAACACUGCUGAUAUCUUCACCAAGGCACUUGCGCCUUGUGAUCAUCAGCGCUUCUGUACUCAGCUGGGUCUUGUGCCUACCUUGCCUCACUUGCUCACCCCUUGA